UCUAGUGACUUAAAAUUGAUAGCCAGUAUAUAUUAAUUUUACCAUUUAAAAUAAGUAAAGCGUGUCAAAUGUUUUCAAAUUUAAGAGUGUAAAAUGAGCCGAGAUAACAAGGAAGUUAAUAUUUGAACAAACUGGAUAUAGGGUGAAGAGAUGAGGAAGAAUACACCAGAAGAAACAUAAUUGACAUGGUCAUGGGUCAGGCUGGUUCUAGAUAGAGUUUAAAGCACAUUAUAUUCCAUUAGGACGUGAACAGAACAAGAAAACAUGGACACAGAAGAGAAGUUCUCUUUAGGCGAUGCAUUAAAAGAGAUAGAUGUACUUACAAGCCUGCCCCUUCCUGAUCAGCAGCCGUGUAUAGAGGGUGUGUCCGUGUCCGUUCUCUAUCAAACAAACUUUGAUACUAACUUUGAGGACCGGGCAGCGUACGUCUCUGGGGUAGCAAAAUAUGUUGAAGAGGCUACAGUGCAUGCUGAUCUGAACAUGUUACUAGAAGAAGGCAAAGAGUAUGCAGUAACCAUGUACACAUGGAGGUGUUGUUCUCGAGCCUUCCCACAGGUCAAAAAUAACGAGCAGGAGAAUAGAAAGGAAAUUUGUCAACAUAUAGUAGAUGUGUUGGACCCUGGAGUAUCUAAACUCAGGAAAUUUAUGUACUUUCAGAAAAGGGCAAUAGAUCGUUUCUGUGGUGAAGUGAAGAGACUCUGCCAUAAGGAGAAGAGAAAUGAUUUCGUGUCCGAGGCCUACCUGGUCACGCUGGGCAAGUUUAUCAACAUGUUUGCUGAACUGGACGAGCUAAAAAACAUGAAGUCUAGUAUAAAUAACGACUACGCAGCUUAUAGAAGGGCUGUUCAGCACCUAGGUAUUAUUGGUGACCUUGCUGCCAUGCAAGAAUCAAACAACCUCUCCCUAUUCCUCGCUACGCAGAAUAUAAUCCGAGACACCUUAAAAAAUACACUCCAUACUAUACCAGGAUAUGAGGAUUUGUUUGCUGACAUCAUCAGUAUAUGUGUACACAUGUAUGAGAACAAAAUGUACAUUGAACCUAAUGAGAAAUUCAUGCUCGUCAAGGUGAUAGCAUUCGGUGUUUUCACAAUGGACAACGCUGACAACAGUAUCUACAAAAUGGAACAAAAGAAGAAAAUUAGUACUUCUAAGAUUGACAAAAUUCUCAAACAAAUGGAAAUAGUUCCUCUGUAUGGGGACAUGCAAGUAGCUCCAUACGUGUAUAUUAAAAGGAGUGUGAACUUUGACUCUUCAAAAUGGCAACACUGCGAGUCAGAUCAUCCGGGUCCACAGUCUGAUAUCCUUGCUAACCUAGAGAAUAUCAGGGAAGAACACAUGUCAUAUAUCAGUCAGUUAUCUAGACACACAAAUGAGGCGAGUACCACAUGUCGAGAAAUUCCAAGGACGGACGCUGAAAACAAGGACCUGUAUGACCUGGCACUUCGCGGAUUGAAGCUUCUGUCAGCAUGGUCAUUACAUGUCACAGAAAUGUUUUCCUGGAAAUUAUCAAAUCCUACAGAUCCCCAUACGAGCAAGGAAUGUCCUGAGUCUGCAGAACAAUAUGAAAGAGCCACCCGUUAUAACUAUAGUAAAGCAGAGAAAGCUACAGUGAUCGAGCUUGUGGCCAUGAUAAAAGGAUUACAGUUGUUGAUGUCACGAAUGGAGUCUGUCUUCAUGGACGCUAUACGAAGACAUAUCUACGCCGAGCUACAGGACUUUGUACAGCUUGAGUUGCGAGAUCCUAUCAGAAAAUCUAUCAAGAAAGGACAUGAUGUUGUAAAAGUUAUUUUAAUGGCCGUACGCAGCACUUGUGCUGACUGGUUAAGAGGACAAGAGCCCAGCGAUGACCCUGCUAUGAUCGGGAAGAAGGACCAUGAUCGUGAUCCUUUCUUUAUCAAGGUUCCAAGGCGGAACGUCGGCCCAUCCACUACUCAGUUGUACAUGGUAAGAACAAUGCUGGAAUCUCUGAUUGGUGACAAGAAUGCAGGUGUGAACAGGUCGUUGAAAAGUCACUUGGAUUCGAAGCGUAUCUUGGGCUUUAAAAACUUUCACAACAAGUCCUUUUACUGGAACUACAUGUUAAACCUAAACGAAUCACUGCACAACUGUUGUAAUUUGGGCCAGCUCUGGUACAGAGAGUUCUUCCUCGAGAUGACAAUGGGCGAGAGAAUACAAUUUCCAAUAGAGAUGUCUAUGCCAUGGAUAUUGACUGAUCAUAUACUGGAAACCAAAGAACCAUACAUGAUUGAAUACCUCCUGUACCCAUUAGAUCUGUACAACGACAGUGCUACGGAUGCACUUACUGUGUUCAGACAGCAGUUUCUCUAUGAUGAAAUUGAGGCAGAGGUUGACCUGUGCUUUGAUCAGUUUGUGUAUAAACUCAGUGAUCAGAUAUUUGCCUACUACAAGCGUUUAGCUGCCUGUAUCAUCAUGGACAAAACGUACCGUGAGGAAUGUGAUAUCCUUGACAUUGCUGUCAGUCACCCGAGAGCACACCGUUACGAGACCUUACUGAAGCAACGCCACGUGCAACUGCUCGGACGUUCUAUAGACCUUAACAAACUGAUUGCACAAACCAUCAAUAACGUUAUACAGAACUCUCUUGACAUAGCUAUCUCAAGAUUUGAGGCAGGGGACCUCACUGGAAUAAUGGAGCUGAACGGUCUAGUUGAGUGCAACAGAUUGACCCACAGACUCUUGAAGAAAUUUCUGCCUCUUGACGAGUUCGAGGAUAUGUUCCGUGAAGCAAAUCAUACCGUGACAGCGCCGUACGGUAGAAUUACUUUGCACGUAUUCUGGGAACUCAACCACGAUUUCCUGCCAAACUACUGCUACAAUUCUUCUACCCACAGGUUUGUUAAGACAGAUGUGGUAUUUGUGCCCCAGACACAGCGAGAGAAGCCGCCAAAUCCCUCACCUACCUAUCUCUGGGGAUCAAAGACACUGACCAACUCGUUCAGCUGUAUCUACAGUUUGUAUGCUGGGUUUGUGGGUUCACCGCAUUUUCGGGUGAUAUGUCGGUUGCUGGGAUACCAAGACAUCGCUGUUGUUGUUGAAGAGCUGUUGAAAAUUGUUGAAGAUAAGGUGAAAGGACCACUGCAGAAUUUCACUACAACACUUAUUUCGGUCUUGCCACACAACUGUCGUCUGCCACGAAGUGACUACGGGUCCUCUGGUAUAGUAAAAUUUUGUUAAUUUUCUAUCGCAUGC